AUACAAUGCCUCCAUUGGCUAUAUAGUGAAGGUGCUGGUUUAUUGAACUAAACAAUUAACCGGCAUCGCAGUCAGCUGUGUUAUAUCUCUGAUGCUCACUUUCACUUUUUGCACAUCGUCCGGCGAAAUUAAAUAACAGACAUGGACCACGUCAAGUGUAUGCUGCUGCUUUGCAUCCUUGCCAACCGGUGUCCUGCAGCACAGGGGCUCUUUGAGUGGCUAAGGCAAACGCAGCAUCCUCCAGUAGCAUCACCGCUUCCUCCCCCGGAAGAAUUCCCAGUGGUUCUGGCAAAAGAUGCUCAGUUUGAAAUGGCAACGGUUGAUGAGAAGUUUAUGGCUGAGGCCAAACAGAUGGAGCUCAGUCCUUUAGACAGCUGCCAUCAGAGGGUGGUGGCCCGGCUGAAGGCGAGCUGUCAAAGCCUCUCAGAAGAAGAGCUUGCCAAGCUUGGCGUGGUUUUGUUCAACUGUCAAGCACAGAUUGAGGGUCGCAUGACUUACCCGUGCACAGAGGACAUGGCUAUAAAAGACUGUACAGCCAACAUGGAUUCGGACACAUGGAACGCCUAUCACAUCGUGAGCAACAGAGCACGCUCUGUAUGCUACGCCACUCGCCAGCAGCUCUUUCGACGCAGAGCAGAGCACACAGUAAAUACACUCAUUUCAACUGCGGCCAGUCAACUCUCCGCCAUGGAAGACCUGAAGGACGGCCAAUUGGAGCUGCGGCAGAUGACGGCAGCGUCAUUGGACGAGCUCCUGCAGGGCCACGGUGCUCUACAGGCUCAUCAGGUCAAACUGCACGAGGGCCAGGAGCACAUGGAAAGUUCCCUGAGGGACAACCUGCAGCGUUUAGGGCAGGAGAAAGCGCUUAUCGCCUCUGGACAACAACUGGUGGCGCAGCUCAUCCAGGGCAUUACGGAACGAAUGGAAAUUGUGAGCGAGAAUGUGCAGCUCCACGGCUCAAAGGUACAAGACGGUCACAAAGCCAUCGUGCAAGACCUCGCUGAUGUCAGACAUCAAGCUCAGGACAUCUACCAAAAAAUUGAUGACGGCAUGUCAGAGUUCCUCCGCUACCAAGACCAGACAUCCCAGUACUACGCCGAUCUCAUGGGCAAGCUGGAACGCAUGAACAGCAGCCUGGGCUUCAUGCUGCAAUACCUGGAUAACAUGCAAGCUCAUAUGGAGGAAAGGCUUCGCGUCAUCCAGGGUUACCUCACCUGGACAGGUUUGAGCCUCGCCGCCAUGUGGACGUGCGUGGCACACGCCAGCUAUUUCGUACUGGUGGCCGUCCUGCAGUCCUUCCUGCGUUGUCCGGUGUUUUCCCGCGCCGUGCUGUUGCUCACCGUGCCGCUCAACGCCCUGGCGGAGGUCAACCAAGAGCCGGCGCUUGACCUCACCAGCCUCAGCGUGCUGCUCUUCACGCUCUCACUAGGACACUUCUUUGUGAGUAAGUUGUGGGCUUGUUUUCAGAGCAGAGGGAAGAAGAUUCCCGCUUGGCCUCGGGAAUUAGAGGGGCUGCAGAAGUCAGUUUCGUCCUCUAACUCGUAUCCGCGAUGCUCAACGCCGCAGAAAGGCGGACAGAGCAGCAGCAGCAGCGAGCGGGAAAACCUGUUGACUCAAGACACCAUCACAUCAGGUGUGGUGUCUCCCCCUCACAGAAGACCUGUGCCCUGCGGUACCCCUUCCAGACUUGUACCCCAACCAGCGUUCAUUGACGAUAUUCCUCUCAGGAACCCAGGAAGUGUUUUUGAUUUGUUGAACGACUCUCGCGAUUUAGUCAACGAUUCAAGGAGUGCAAGUCCGACUCCCUCGGUUAAUAGCUCCGUGUCAUCACGUCAACUCUGCAACGCAAUCACAAAGACCGGGAAGGCGUGUAAGAAGAGAGCGCAGCUUGGGCAGGAAUACUGCCGAGUCCACGAAGGUGGCAACACCACUUCCUUUUUCUCCUGAAGUGUACGCCUUGCAAGGAGGAAUUUUAUAUUUAACACAGAUUUAAUUUUUUUAUUCAUGUUUUUUUUAAUCCAUGGAAUGUCUUAAUAAAUGCAAAACAAUUUCCAUUCUUUCACUAUGGGGGGCGGGGCGGCCCUAAUUUUGGUAUUGAUCAGAUGCCGAGUAAAUACUUGAAAAUACUUGAAAUUUUGUGAUUUUUUUUUUGAUCAUGAUUAUAAUCAGGCGGCAUGGUGGACGAGUGGUUAGCGCACAGACCUCACAGCUAGGAGACUUGAGUUCAAUUCCACCCUUUGUGUGGAGUUUGGGGGUGAAAAAAAAAU